GCACCUCGCUGUGCAGUGACGAUGAGCACAACAACAAAACACAGCUAGCUGCAGAAUAGGGUGUUAGCUUGCUAGCUACUUGAAAUAAACAUUAGCUGGUGUUACACAACCCAUGGCGAAGAACAUAGAUCAGUGACAAGCGAAAUGAGAAACCAGAAAGAUGUGUAGAUAGCAAUAUGAAUCGACCGUAAAAACUAAGAUUGAGUCAGCUACAUUAAAGACUAGAUAAUCAUACAUCAUAGCUAAGUAACAACAUUUUCGGCUAGUUUUCUAAAACUAGCUAGCGUUUGCGCUAUGCCAUUCAAGCUAAACCAAGUUAGCCAACUAGCUCGCCAAGGCGGGGGAAAGGAUUGGAGUAAACAACAACGGAUGGUGUUGAAUGACUAAAUGAUCAAGAUAAAGGAGUGUGACGAUCGCUGGAGGAUUCAACAUGAAGUUGUAUGUGUUCCAGGUCAACAAUGGAAGCACUCUGGCAUUUGACACAGAGCUUGCUGUCCAAACAGUGUUGGACCUCAAACAUGCCAUCCAGGUCAAAUACAAGAUUGCAACCCAGCAUCAAGUUCUGGUUGUCAAUGGAGGGGAGUGUAUGGUUGCAGAGAGGAGAGUCUGCAGCUACAGUGCCGGCACUGACACCAACCCCAUAUUCCUGUUCAACAAAGAGAUGAUUUUGUGUGACCGGGCUCCGACGAUCCCUAAAACCACCUUCUCUAUUGAGAAUGAGAUGGAGCUCAAGGUGGAGGAGUCACUAAUGAUGCCAGCAGUCUUUCACACCGUUGCCUCGCGAACACAACUUGCUGUGGAAAUGUUUGAAGUCGCCAAGAAACUUUGCUCUUUCUGCGAACGCCUGGUUCACGAUGAACACCUCCAACACCAAGGUUGGGCUGCCAUCAUGGCCAACCUGGAUGACUGCACCCUGUCUUAUCAGAAGCUACUGUGGAAAUUUGACACGGCGUACAUUAAUUAUCAACAAGACUUUGAGGAUAUCAAAUUGAAACUGACAAGACUGGGGACAGCAGUUUCAGUCAUGGCCAAGAUCCCCCUGCUGGAGUGUCUGACCCGCCACAGCUACAAAGAAUGCAUAGAGAAGUCCUGCUCCACUCCAAACAAGGACUCUGACGAGACCGUGGAGGAGAAGUCCACCGACUCGGUGCUCUGCCCCACCCCCACCAAGCUACCUGCAUCGUUCUCUGCUCCGGGGGCUGGGUGCUCGCCCGACACCGCCGAAGGCCAGGAAAGCAGUGAGAUGACGGACAGUAGUGGGCUGAGGGCAGCCCUGCAAGAGGCAGACUCUCCAGAGAGGGUCAACCCCCUGUCCUUCAACGUCACACUGCUGGACUGGAUCAACGUUCAAGACAGGCCCAAUGACGUUGAAUCAGUCGUGAGGAAAUGCUUUGACUCCAUCAAUAGGCUCGACCCACGGGUCAUUCAACCAUUCUUAGCGGAAUGUCGAGACACGAUUGCCAAACUGGAUAAUCAGAACAUGAAAGCCAUCAAAGGACUUGAGGACAGGUUAUACGCUCUAGACCAAAUGAUAGCGAGCUGUAAAAAGUUGGUCAAUGAACAGAAGGAACUUGCUCAGGGAUUUCUGGCCAAUCAGAAGCGUGCUGAGAACCUGAAGGAUACGUCCGUGCUGCCUGACCUGUGUCUCAGUCACGCCAAUCAGCUGAUGAUCAUGCUGACCAACCACAGGAAGCUGCUGGACAUCAAACAGAAGUGCACCACUGCCAAACAGGAGCUGGCGAACAACCUACAAGUUCGUCUCAAAUGGUGCUGCUACGUGAUGCUGCACGCGGACCAGGAUGGGGAGAAGCUGCAGGCCCUGCUGAGGCUGCUGACCGAGCUGAUGGAGAGAGUCCGGGUGGUGGACGCCCUCAGCACCGUGCCUCAGAUGUACUGCCUGGCUGUGGUUGAGGUGGUCCGCAGGAAGCUCUUCAUCGGCCACUACAGAGAGUGGGCCUGUGCUCUGGUGAAGGAUGGAAAGCAUCUCUAUGAGACUGAGAAGUAUAAAAGGGAAACGUUUGGCAAGUUGUUCAGGAAAUCUUUUCUCCGAAAUCGGUUGUUUAGAGGACUUGACUCAUGGCCCCCCACUUCAUUUUGCACAAGAAAGCCCAGAAAGUUUGACUUUGAGCUUCCAGAUAUUUCCCUUGGUGACCUGCAGUACUUAAAGACCUGUUGUCCUACAGAGGUGCAGCCUUUCCUCAGGGUUCCAACACUGUGUGAUUUUGAGCCUUUGCAUCUGCAUGUGGAGAUGCUUCAGCAGUUGGUCCUUGCUUCUCAAGCUGCAAGUGUGGACGAGAUGUCUCAAACUAUCACCGAUUUACUGAGCGAACAAAGGGGGUCGUGCAGCCAGAGUGCUCAGAGAUCCACGGCAGCGGUUACCCCACGGUCCGACAGCACCCCAGGGACUUCCUCCUCCAAGACCCCCUCUUCUCUCAGUCUCCCGGGGCCCCCCUGCCAGCCCCUCCCUGGCCCCACCGCCCUGGAGGACCUGUCCCCGGACAGCAUCGAUGCCCAAACUUUUGACUUCGAGACAAUUGGCCACCCCAACAUGGACCCCGUCCUGCAGCAGGCUGGCUCCCUGGACCUGGACUCCCUGGCUGAGAGCCCCGAGUCAGACUUCUUGUCGGCGGUCAACGAGUUUGUGAUCGAAAACUCGCCCACCCCCAUCAGCGACCCCACCAGCCCAGAGAUGAUGGUGGAGUCGCUGUACUCGUCGGUCAUCAACGCCAUCGACAGCAAGCGCAUGCAUGACACCACCACCUUAGAGAGGGAAAACUCCAAGGUGGCUAUGCUGAAGCUGAGCAUCGAGAAGUACUGCUCUGCUGCCGAGGAGUCCCAGGCCAACUUGCGGAGCGUCAAGGAUGACCUGUACCGCUUCAGAGGCCUGGUGCUGAAGGAGCAGCGAGACUUUGGCUUCGCCCUGAAGACCAUGACCAUUGACGUGCGCAACAUGGUGGACACCAUCCGUAAGAGGGAGGAGGAGGAGCUGAGGGAGCAGCACCAGGCCGAGCUCCUCUCUGUGCAGCAGGACCACAAGAAGCAACUUCAGGCCCUGACGGAGGAGAACCGGGUGAACCGGAACAUCGUGAAAGACGUGCAGCGGGCCAUGCUGGAGCUGGAGGGGCUGCUGGAGCGCAAGGAGAAGGAGCUGACCCAGCUCGAGGCUGAGAGGCAGCGCUGGACCGAGGCGGAGAGCGGACACACUCAGAGGCUCAGGGUCCUGGAGCAGAAGAUCAGCGAUCAGGCCCAAGAGGUGCUGACUGUUGCUGCCUCCAGAGACUCCCUGUACAGCCAGCUGGAGACACUCCACAUUGAGAUCGAGCGCGGCCAGCAGAAGAUCCGCCAGGAGCUGGAGGGGGCCGAGCAGUCCCACCUGCAGGAGCUGGAGGAGAGGAUGAGGCAGCAGCACCAGGCCCAGCUAGACACCCUGGCCCGGGAGAACCAGGAGGCCAUGGAGUGCCUGGCAACGGUGAACAGGGUCAAGCUGAGUGAGGUCGCAGACCGCCACGCCGCCUCUCUGACAGAGAGGGACGGCCAGCUGAGGGAUCUGGAGGCCCGGGCAACCGAGCUGGCUGACCUACGCUGCAAGCUGGAGGUGGAGCUGGCCCUGAAGGAGUCAGAGAUGGAGGUUGUGAGGCUGCUCUACGAGGAGGCCAAGCAGGGGCAGCAAGAAGCCAACGUGAGGAAGGCCACUGUAGAGGCAGAGACCCAGUCCCUCAACGAAGAGCUAGUUCAGGUCAAUGGGCAGCUGCAAGCUAAGAACGAAGAGUACGAGAAGGGCCUGGCCGAGCUCCGGAUGCUGAUGCGCAUGGAGAAAGACCAGUGCAUCUCGGAGCUGGUGGGAAGGCACGAGGAAGAGAGGAACCAGCACCGCAGCGAGCUGACCACCCUGCAGCAGCAGGCCCAGGAUGCAGGAAGGAGCCAUGCAGAACAGCUGCAGAACCUCCAACUAGACCUCGACCUGCAGACGGCAGCACUGCUCAACGAUAAGGAAGUGCAGCAGAGGAGGUUUGAGGAGCAGGAGCAACACUUGAGGACUGUUAUCUGCGAUUUGCAGACAGAAAAUGAUCUGCUCACCAAAAGAUUAGAGCAGGACACCCAAGCAGCCCAGGAACGUUUGGAGAAAGAGGAGUCCUUGAAGGCUGCAGUACCAGAUGCCUUCAAAGACUUUGAGCAACAAAAGGAGGAGAUGGAGAAAAGACUUCUAGACAAAAUUAGACAACUUGAAAAUGAGCUUCAGGAAAGACAAUCCUCAGAAAGAGAGGCAGGGUUGUCGAAGGUGCAGACAGAGGGUCGGGGAUCCGAAGCAGGAGCUCCUCUCUCCCUGGACUCUGCCUUGCAGGAGCGUCUGCAGCAGGAGACAGCCUCCCUGCACACCCAGCUGGAGCUCCUGGAGAGGAGGAAGGACGAGGAGAUGCAGAACCUCAAGACCUCCCUCAUCGCAGAACAACAGACUAACUUCAACACUGUUCUGAUGAGAGAGAAGCUGAAAAAGGAACAGAUCAUCAGUGACCUGACAGAGGAGCUGCGGAAGGUUACCCAGCAGCAGGAGAAGGACAAAGGUCUGAUAGAGAUGCUGUCUGAGGACCGGGCCAUCGUCAUGCAGGAGAAGAAGCAGUUGGAGGAGGAGCUGAACCGGCUGCGCGGCACAGCCCUGGUAUCCUCUGCCUACUACAGCCCUAACCCCUUAGCUCUAGAGCCCACUGGAGCCGGGGCUAGACUUGGACCUGGAGCAUUUCCUGGACCUGGGACUGAAGUUGAGGUUGGGGCUGGAGCCUGCUCCUCAGAGCUCUUCCCUGACCCAGACAGACUGGCCUCUGUGGCUGCCACCAGAGAGGACGACAGAGUGGACUCGGCUGUGGAGGCCAGCAUGGUGACUGUGCACGAUAACAUCCUGAUGAUGUCGGAGGAGAAACAGCGGAUACUGUUACUUGAGAGGACUUUACAUAUGAAGGAAGAAGAAAACAAGCGCCUCAGUCAAAGACUGAUGUCUCAAAGCAUGUCCUCGGUGUCAUCACGGCAUUCUGAGAAAAUUGCCAUCAGAGAUUUCCAGGUUGGCGACUUGGUUCUGAUCAUCCUAGAUGAAAGGCAUGACAACUAUGUGCUAUUCACCGUGGGUCCCACCCUGUACUUUCUCCACUCUGAGUCCCUCACGGCAUUGGACCUCAAACCAGAUCCUAUGUUUACUUCAGCAUCAGGAGCCUCGAGACGGCCGUGGGUUCUUGGAAAAGUUAUGGAGAAAGAAUAUUGCCAGGCGAAAAAGGCUCAAAACCGGUUCAAAGUUCCUUUGGGCACCAAGUUCUACAGGGUGAAAGCUGUUCCGUGGAACAAGAAAGUAUAGUACAGCCAAGUUAUGAGCUGAAAUGUAUAUUUAUAUUGCAUAAAGUUUUAAACACUCACAUCAUACAUCAUUUAUAGACCUCUUAUCAGCUUGAAAAUGAAAAGAAAGAUCAUAAUCAUGGUAUUAUUUUGGCCUUCAGUUCAACAUCUCAUCCAACCCCCUCUUUCUUUUUAAUCUAGAGUAUUUGUUGUUGUGGACCAAACGCAAUUUCUUUAUUAGGGCAUGGCCCUAAACACUGUCAGAAAGCAUUAAUACCUGUGUGUUAAUUGAACAAAAACUAUUUGAAUGUUUAUAUAUUUAGUUCUCAUUCAUUAUCAGCAUUUGUCCUCUUUGUGGAAAAUACUUCAUCAUUAUCAGCAAUAUAAUUCAAAUGAAAAUAUACAUUUAUUGUAAAUGUUUAUGGAUGAAUGUUCAUGGCAUGCAUAUUGAUAUAUUUUCUUUGAUUUUACUUAUCCAGAUAAAUGUUGUAGUUGGAAGUGUAGUCAAUGCUGUUUGUUACUCAUGACGCAGUAUGGCCCUCAGUUAAUACUGAAAUGUACAUUUUGGCUGACUGACGAAAGCAGUCAUCAUUGCAAUCAUUGACAAUGCACUUUCCAAAAACAAUGCUUUUUGUUCAUUCAAAAGGGAAGGAAUUGUGCUAUUAAAUAAAAUAAAUACAGAAAAAACGAACAGCGCAAAACUUCCCGCUAUCAUAGAAUAUUGAUAUAUAGAAAGGAAUACUUUGUUUGACUGUGUUUCAUUAUUGGAUGACAUUGUACAUUACCCAUCAUUCAAAUCACGGAAGUAACAAUAAAGGACUGUAUUGUAAAAUAAUUUAGAGUUUUGAAACAAUAAAGGAUUGAUCCCAAAUAA